AGUUUUCACACGUUGUCAUGAAAGCCCUGGGCCGCGGCCCCAUCACACGGCUGGCCGGCGCCGCUGCUUCGCCGCGUGGUGCCGGUGUGGUCGGAGCCAUCUACAGCCGCGACGACUGGAACGCCGGCCGUGACGUGGCAGCAGAGGAGCGACGGUGCGGGAUGGUGGCACGUCUGUCGGAGACCGGCGGCCCUCAACGCUUGUUAUCUCCGCCUCCGCCGUUGUCAUCAUCAUCCACGUUGCCGUCGUUGCAUAACGGAACCCCGCUAUUGGCCGUGGUGCGAGCGCAAACAACCGACGCGCAAGUUAACGAGGUCGACGCGUCGGAUCACGGUGCGUUCCUCGAGAGGUCACCACGAGCGAGGUGGCGCAAAGUGUCGCGGUCAAAGAUGCUGCUCGUCGAGGACACGGCGACGCCCUUCAGUGAUCCGGAGAAAACUUACACUCCACGCGUGCAGAGCUACGGCGAGUACGUGCGGCGACUGGGAAAGCUGCCGGAGGAUCAGCCGCUGCUCCGCUUUGUGAUGUACCGCGACGGAUACUCGCUGGAGGCGGUGCGGCACCGCUUUCAGUACGAGAUCGGCGUUUCGUCGGAUGCCGUGUACCUCCACCCGCCACCCGGUGGCUCCUUUGCCUCCAUCACACAGUUCGGCCUCGCAGUGGGCGUGACGCGUGAGCAGCUCCCGCACGUCUCCCGCCGCUACAACGUGCACCCGCUCGUCUUCGACGACAGGAGCUACCACAGUCUUAUGGAGCUGGAGAAACUGUCGGCUGGCCCACGUGGGCACCUCCACCGCGUGGUCCUGCGCUGCGUCACCGGGGACGAGGCGGCAGUGUCGGCGCUGCUCCGGCGGCUCAGCACCGACGGCUUCAUCAACUAUUUCGGCGUGGAAACGUUCGGCGUGGGCAGCAACACCCUUUUUGAUUUCGCCGCGUCGUACCACAGCGGUGAUGUCCACCAUGCUGUCGGUGGAUAUCUGCAGACGCUCGCCGAGAGCAACCCGCUGCACCACCCGUCGUACCUCGCGUACGCCAACGCCGAGGAGGGCACGGCGGCCGGUGUGCUCGGCGAGUGGCUGCGACUGUGCGAAAGGGCGAGGCUGCCAAAGAAGACGCGUGAGGUUCUCCGUUCCCUUCAGCACUACCACAAUCUUCACCACCCCAGCCUCGACACGGCGCGGACAACGGCUAUGCACGCCGUGUGGGACCUCUGUGGCGUGGCAGACCGCAGUGAGACUAGCGCGGCGGCGUUUGUGUGGAAUGCGAUGGCGUCGCAGCGGCUGCUGAGUUACGGCAGCCGACCCGUUAAAGGUGAUUUGGUACGAUGUGUGGGCCUGCACGGUGAAGUGCAGAUUUCCGAAGUCGCAUCCGACGUGGAAGCUGCUCAGUACACGACGGAGGACGUCGUCUUGCCCGUACCCCACAGGGAGAGGACGGUGCCCUAUCCGACCCACGUCGUGAAUCGGGCGCUCUUCGCCGAGUUCGCAGCAAAGCACCACCUCUCGUUUUUGUUCGAGCCGUCCGCUGCGGCGGACUCUCCUGCUCCGUUAAGCGCCGCCGAUGCGGUGGCGCACUACCGGCACGUGGUGCGUCGACCGGAGCGCUUGCAGGCCGCCGUGCUGCGCGACCCUAGUUCGUGCACCGCACUGAAGAGCGAUCACUUUCUGCUCCAGGAGCACCAACCCACGGAGAGCUGGUCGCUUGACUACGAACGGCGGGUGCGUGAGCCGUCGCCAUUUAAUGUGUCGGAGCGAUUUUGCGAGAAAAUGCAGUACAUCCGCCAGUGCCAACCCGGCGAGAACACCGUUGUGCUCGCUUUCGCGCUGCCAGCUGAGUCGUCGCCGUGGGUUGCGCUGCGUGAGGUGUUUGACCUGCGCUACGGCAGCUUUCACGAUUUGUAUGGCGUCUCGUAG